AUGUCGGCAAAUAGAGAAAGAGUUGUACUGGCAAGGAAUCCAUCUGUGCCGACCCAAAUUUCCCCAGAGCAAAAGUUCUGGAAAGGCUUUACAAGUUCACAACUUGUCAAAGAACAUAACGCAAUUACACAUAUUCAUUUCGAUCCAAAUAGUCCACACGAUUUUGCAGUCACCUCUUCUACUAGGAUACAAGUUUUCUCUUCCAAAACCAGAAAAGUUGUUAAAAACUUUACUAGAUUCAAGGACACUGUAUACUGUGGGGAAUUUAGAAACGAUGGUAAGUUGUUAGUAGCUGGUGAUGCUUCAGGAUUAGUUCAAAUAUUUGAUGCACAUCACCCGAGAACUUUGCUUGUAACGAUCACACCCUCUUCUCAUCCCACACAUAUCACUAAAUUCCACCCAACCAUAAACACCCAAAUGUUAACCUGUUCUGAUGACAGGGUUGCUAGACUAUAUGAUAUCUCCCAAUCCCAAAAACCAAUCAUAACUUUUAACAACCAUGAUGACUAUAUUAGAGCUGGUGUUUUUAUUCCAUCUUCUCCGAAUUUAAUUGCAACAGGUUGUUAUGAUAAUUAUCUUCGUAUAUUCGAUACCAGGGUAGGUGGUAGUGAUCCAAUUAUUAAGUUUAAUCAACAAUCUCCUGUCGAAGAUCUUUUGUCUACAAACUCAACGAAUAUACUAUCAGCGGGAGAAGGUGUUGUCAAACAUUGGGAUAUGGUUGCUGGUAAACUAUCAAAAACCUUGCAUAAUUUUAAUAAAACCGUCACUUGCCUAAGUAGCGCAGGUGAAAGGGGUAUUCUGGUCGGUUCUGUUGAUGGCCAUGUCAAGGCUUUUGAUACAAGUACUCCAAACUGGGAUGUCAAAUUUGGCUGGAAAUUUGGUUCUGGUGUUUUGAGCUGUGGUGUCUCUCCAGAUUUCAAACACCUGGUUGUUGGUUUAAACUCCGGGCUACUAACUAUCAGGACGAGAAAAAAUGCCAAUGAGAAUAUAAACAGUACUAAUAACAAACAGAAAAACGACAAGUCACAUGCAUUUGCAAGGAUGAUUCGUGGUGCUGAAUUCAAAGGUGAGGGAGAACAUCAUAUUGUUGAUGAGAAGGUUAAAUAUAAGAAACUAAAGCCCUUUGAAAAGGAUUUGAAUGCGUUUCGUUGGUCCGAUGCACUUAAUAGUGCCUUGGAAGAAGGUAUAGAAAGGGAAGCUACAGUUACAUGCCUUGAAGAGUUGAAGAAAAAAGGUAAAAUUCGGGUGGCAUUAGCUAAUAGGGAUGAAACUUCAUUGGAACCCUUAUUGACUUGGUGUUUGAAAUCACUGGAUGAUCCCAGAAACGUUAAUAUAAUCACCGAUUAUAUUGUAUGUAUUUUGGAGAUGUACGACGAUUUGAUUUCUAGAAAACCAGUAUUGGAAGAGAUUGUUUUAAGUCUUCAGAAAAGAGUUGAAGUUGAGAUCAGAAAAGCUCAAGAUGCUGAACGUAUAAUUGGUAUGCUAGAAUUACUCAGUGCUUAA